AACGUUUCAGAGAUCAUGUUGACUCCGUCACCAGGGCACUUUCCGCUCGAUUGGCACAUUCAUCGCCCUGAUGACGGAGGCAGUAUGACCUCUGAAACGUUGGUGGAUAUCUACCAGGCUACACGGCGCAACAACCCACAAGACUACAAUCUUCAGACUCACCACUGUGAAAACCUCAAAUCUUACAAGAUUGAAGUUGUUAACUGUUUGAAGCGGUGUAGAGUAUAUGUUAUGUUCGCAGAAUGUUUUCAGAUUGUAGAUUAUAAUUUUUGUCGCAGGUACCGUGAAAACGCCCAGCGUCUGUCCAGAAUCUACCGGGAUCAGCCACUCACUCCACUGGAUCAGGCCGUGUUCUGGACGGAGUACGUGAUCAGGCACAAGGGAGCGCCUCACAUGCGUUCAGCUGCACUCGACCUCACCUGGUACCAGUACUUCCUGCUAGAUGUCAUCGCUGUUUUAACAUUGGCUGCAGGAUCAUCUGUAAUUGGAGUGUUCCUGAUUCUGAGGUCAAUUGUGAGAAAGAUUUUUAGUGGUAGGCGCCAGGACACGGAAGACUUGUUAAGACGGAAGAAGAGGACUUAAGUUUAACUUUAGAUCCUGUAUGCCAGUAUGCAUUCUCCAUUUGCUGACACUCCUUUUAAGGAUUUUGGUUCAAUUUCUCUUCAGCAAUGAAUAAAAUUGUCACGGUAAUUGUGCAAUUAUAUUUGAUAA